AUGAAGAGCUUUUUCUUAGCUUUGAAUAUCCUGGCAUUAGCCCUGGCUUUUAUGCUCUGUGAGAAUGAGAAAACAAAUUUUGAUCAGCACAUUCUCAAGCUUGCUCCAGUUCAUUAUCUGUUAAAUAACUAUUUUCACUACAUGUCCAGUUACUACCCACAUAGACCAGUUGUGCCCAUGGGCAAUCAAUACAUGUUUUAUCCAUUUUAUGCCAAGCCAGUUGUAGGCAUGCCACAUAUCCAAAUUCCUCAGUGGGAAAUCCUGAAAAAUAUGUAUGCAUCCUCUAUGAUCCGUUAUCCAAGUCUGCACCAAACAUCUAUGCCCACUGCCCCCAAGAAUACUCAGGAUGAAACAGUUAUCCCUACCACUGACUCUACCAUGACUAUGGAGCCUACUCUUUUUCCUGCCACUGAAACCACAGUAAAAACUGCAGCAACUUCAGAAGCUUCUUCAGAAUUCUUCAUGACGAGCACAGCUGAGACUACCACAGCUUCAGUUACUUCACCCUUGGCUUAA